AUGCUAUGCUAUUCCUUUCAGUCAUCUGUAAUAGAGAAAAGAAGCACCCCGCCAUAUCCAGAAGAACGAGUUGGACAGAAGCUAAUUGUCAAAGUGAUGAGGCUAUCUGUGGAUCCAUUCUUUGAGCCUCUCUUUGGUUCGAUAGCAAUUUAUGAUGCAAAAGCUCGCCGAAAAGUAACUGAAAAUUUCUACUUUGAUGUAAAUCCGGAGGAAAUACGACGGAUGGUCGAUAAAAGCCAUUCGUUUGCUGAAGCUACCGAGAGAUGCAGCCAAGCAGCAUUCAGUCUUUCUUGUCCGCUAUCGGAUUUGUUCAUUGUUAUAAAGGUAGGCUUACCUUGA